UUAUAUUAAAGUGUUUUAGAAGAGGAAAAGCAUAUUUAAAUGUUGAUUAGAUAAAAGAUUAUUUUAUGUAAAAAAUUUAUAGCUUUAAUCAUAUAUUCUAAAUUAUUUGCUAACAAAUAAUUUCUUGUAAUACAGAACUAUCAUGUCUGAAAAGAAUACCUUUGAAAAACUACCAGUGUCAGUUGUUCCAAAACAUUAUAAGAUACACCUUUUACCAAAUUUGAAUGAUUUUACAUUUAAAGGGGAAGUCAGUAUUAAUAUCGAUGUAAAAACUUCUACACGUGAAAUUAAAUUACAUUCAUUAGAUUUGGAGCUGAAUUCAAUAACUUUAAAAUCUGAAAAUGAACAAUAUUCACCUACUGAUACAAAAUUGUGCACUGAAAAAGAAAUGGCUGUGUUUCAAUUCAAGUCUGCUCUUGCUCCAGGAAAUUAUACUUUGGAUAUUGCAUUUAGUGGAAAACUGGAAGACAACAUGAAAGGAUUUUAUAGAAGUAAACAUGUAGAUGAAAAAGGAACCGAGUUUUAUUCUGCUGUUUCCCACUUCGCUCCAACAGAUGCAAGACGUUCUUUUCCUUGUUGGGAUGAGCCAGCAAUUAAGGCUACAUUUGAUGUCAGUUUGACAGUACCAAAACAUCUCAUGGCACUUUCUAAUAUGUCUAUUUUAACUUCAAAGAAUCAAGGAGAGUUAAUUAAGUACACUUUUCAUACGUCACCGAAAAUGUCUACAUAUUUAGUAGCAUACGCUGUGGGUGAAUUCGAUUUCGUGGAGAAAAUAUCUUCAGAUGGAGUGUUAAUAAGAGUAUACACACCAUUAGGUAAGAAGGAACAGGGAGAAUUUGCCUUAGAUGUUGCAACAAAGGUUUUGCCUUACUAUAAGCAAUAUUUUAAUAUCGCUUACCCUCUACCAAAAUUGGAUUUGAUUGCUGUGGGUAGCUUAGGAUUUAGUGCAAUGGAAAAUUGGGGCCUUAUUACUUAUAGAGAAAAUCGUGUAUUAAUUGAUCCUCAAAACUCAUCAAACUCAAACAAGCAGGGAGUAGCGUUGGUCGUUGCUCAUGAAUUAGCUCAUCAGUGGUUUGGAAAUUUAGUGACUAUGAAGUGGUGGACCGAUUUAUGGUUAAAUGAAGGAUAUGCAACUUUUAUGCAAUUUCUUAAUACUUCGGCUUUAUUUCCCGAAUAUGAUGUCUGGUCGCAGUUUGUGAAUACAACAUUCUUGGGUGCCUUAGAAUUGGACAGUCUUAACAGUUCACAUCCUAUUGAAGUAACGGUAAACGACCCGUCAGAAGUAAAUGAAAUUUUUGAUGCCAUUACAUAUAACAAAGGAGCAUCGGUGAUCAGGAUGUUGGUUCACUUUUUAGGAAAUGAUACAUUCAAGGAAGGUAUGAGUUUAUAUCUUAACAGAUAUAAAUACGGUAAUACUACUACCGAGGAUUUAUGGAAAGCUUUGGAAGAGGCCAGUAAACAACCCGUUUCAGAUAUUAUGUCGACUUGGACGAAACAGAUGGGAUUUCCGUUAAUUAAGGUAGACACCAUACAUGAAACCGGUGACUUCAUAGUAAAACUGUCCCAAGAGAAGUUUAUGUCAACAAUUCGUACAUCUCCCGAAGAAUUCAAAUGGAUGGUUCCAAUAUCUAUCUCUUCCAGCCGAAAUCCUAAUGGUGAGGUGGCUAAGUUACUUCUUAAUACAAAGUCUACUGAAAUUUUAGUUCCUGGGGUUAAGGAAACAGAUUGGAUAAAAAUUAAUCCUGGUGUUAUUGGUUUCUUUAGAACUCAGUAUUCAGAAGAAAUGUUGAAAAAAUUUGUAAACGAUAUCAAAAAUCGAACUAUGCCACCUUUAGACAGGUUGGGCUUACUCGAAGACAUGUUCGCAUUAGUUAAAGCAGGUUAUACGGACACAGUAUCGCUUUUAAAGUUUUUAAAAGUGUAUGAGAACGAAUCGGACUCAAAUGUUUGGAUGACUAUUAUUAAUAUACUCUCGAAACUGGAAACUUUGAUACAAUAUACCGAUAGCAGUGAAUUAUUCAGAAAGUUCCAACAUAACUUGCUGUUAAAGAUAUAUCGUUCAGUUGGUUGGAGUCCCAAAUCAACCGAUACACACAUAGAUACUCUAUUCAGAAGCAAACUUUUGGAUCACUUUGGAUCCCUAAAAGACGAUGAUGUAAUAAAGGAAGCCAGAUUAAGAUUUGAUAGACACGUCGCAUCAACGGAAUUACUGCCGGCUAAUAUCCGAUCUGCUUGUUAUAAUGUCGUAGUUUCUUCAGGUGGAAUAGCUGAGUUUCAGUCUUUGAUACAGUUAUAUAAUAAAACAGAUUUAAAUGAGGAAAAAAUGCGAAUAUCCGCUGCUCUGGGUCAUACUACAAAUGAGGAAUUAAUCAAAGCUUUACUUGAAUUUGCAAUGUCUGAUAACGUUAAAACGCAAGAUUCGGUCUUUGUAUUGAUAGCUGCUGCUCAAACAAAACCAGGACGUGAUUUGACUUGGAAUUACAUAAAGGAAAAUUGGAAUAUUAUCACACAAAGGUUUACAGCAGCGACGCUUCUUCAGAAUCUUAUUAAACGAGUUACUCAAGAUUUUGCUGAAGAAUCGAAAAAGAAAGAUAUUCAGCAUUUCUUUACGAACAAGAAAAACUCAUGGAUCGAAAGAUGUGUACAGCAAGUGUUAGAAAGCAAUGAUGUUAACAUAGCUUGGAUAAAAAAGGAUUCAGAAGCUAUAAAAAAAUACUUAAGCUCCAUAUAGAUUUCAUAAAUGCACUUAUGUGAUUAAAAGUUUUAUAUUAAGUUUUAUAUCAAAUAGAAUAAACAUAAGUAUAAACU